UAAAAGCCCAGGCUCCAUAGUACAAUAAGAAUGAAGCCUGUGCAGUGAAAGUUGAGCCGUGUGCACUGACUGCGCCUCCGACUGCUCAACAACUAGUUCGGUCUGUUCACAGCUAUGUUUACUCUUUUCUUGGUUGGACUAGAUGGAAAUUAAGGUGCUGGCUAAAGCCUUGUACGACUACCAAGGCAAUGGACCCGGAGAGCUCGCCAUGAAAUCCGGCGACAUGGUCGGCCUGCGCUGGAGAGUGGAUGACAAUUGGUAUUACGGCGAUAUCAAAGGGAACAGUGGGCUUAUACCCAGUAGUAUGGUGCAGAUCCUGAGCGAGCAAACGCAGCCGGCGCCAUUGUGCCGUGCUCUCUACGACUUUGACCUGAGCCGACUGGACCCGGUCGACAGGAAAGAGUGUCUAGCCUUCAUGAAGGGAGACGUCAUCACUGUGAUUAAGCGAGUGGAUGAGAACUGGGGUGAAGGGAAGUUGGGAGACAAGGUCGGCAUCUUUCCUUUGCAGUUUACAGAGCCAAAUCCGACUGCGUUUAAACUCCUGGUGAGUGCGAAGGCGAGUGAUUUGGCAGAAAUUCACCCACGCAACGCGAGAGGGAGCAGCAGGAGGCUGAGCCUAGAUGCAGACAGCCAAAGACGACUCUUCAGGACGCAGGCGAGUGCUACCAGGCCUCCCGAUGUCAGCGUCCUAAACACUCUGAACCACGGUCAGACCCAGAGCUUAACAGCUCCUAGCGCUUCCCUGAAGCCCGGACGACUCUCCACCGUCUCCAAACUGCGGUCUGGCAGCGCUCAGAGAAGCCAGUCAAAGGGCGAAAAAAAGAUGAACGGCGAAGCUCCUCCAACAAUCACCAUGGCCCUCAUCAACCCUCAGGCUCCCCCUUCGCAGGCAGAGAGCAAACAUCCCCCCAUCCAGCAACUGUCUAUCAGUGUGUGCGCUGCCUUGUAUUCGUACACUCCCCAUCGCCCCGAGGAGCUGGAACUGAGCAAAGGCGAGAUGGUAGGGGUUUACGGGAAGUUUAAGGAAGGCUGGUUACGAGGUCUCUCUCUCAGAACUGGCAAAGUUGGAAUCCUGCCUGCCAACUACGUCACGCCCGUGCUUAGAACCUCUGCAAUGUUUGUCGAGCAGCCAAAGCUUGCUGUUCCCAGUGCUGCCAUCACAUCAGCAAAGAGAUACACGCCCCAGAAUCUCCAAGCUGCAUCACUGCCUCUUGAUAAAGUAAAGGUUGAAGUGGCUGCUCCAGUCUGUGCCAUGUCCCCACAGGCAGCUGUAGCAUCUGCCAGUACAGUGAAAUGUCCUCAGGCAGGGGGAAAGCAGGGCUGGGACACGGUCAAACGAGCCUUACAGACUUCACACAGAGGCUCAUUCCGGCAUAGCAGCUACCAUCUCCAAAAUACCGGUUCAAGCCUUCAUCCUCCACCUCAGGAUUUGGGACAGAUCUACGGCUUUGGCCGCUCUCCCGUCCUUCCCAGGAAGAGAAACGGCUUGUUUUCAAAUCCCAUCAGGUCACAGCACUGGACCUAUGAAGGAACAACCCCCUCUGCUGGUGGUGGUGGUGGUGGUGGUGGUGGUACCUACCAGCCAUCAGAUACCAGAUACAUGUCUCCGAAAGAGACUUCCUCAGCUCCUCAGUCUAUUCUGGUAAAACCAGAUACUCACAGGCACAACACGGAGAAGCCUGUGAAGUCGGUAAGGUUCCUGACUGAAGACGUCCCCCAAACCACAACGAGGUUGUCGUCUGUGUCGUCUGGAUCGCAGGUCACUGGUAACUCUCAGAGCAGUUCCAUGGCUCUGGAGCACUGGAACCCGUCAGCCAUCAUGGGUCGAGAUGGAAGUACCUCAGUCCUUAAAGACACAAAGACAAUCAUGCAAAGAAAAGGUCAUGGUCAGAAUAAUGCCAGUGGGGAUUUUCUGCCUUUAAGUACAAAACUGUACACAGCCAACAGCCAGUCCAGCCCCAUCAGACACAGGAUGUUGAAGACGUAUAAUGCAAAGACUGAUGCGGAACUGAACCUGCUGGAGGGAGAGGUCGUGUUGGUCCACAAGCCUCGGUCAGACGGGAGGGUUCUGGUGAAACAGGAGAUCACUGGAGUGACUGGCCUCUUCCAAAACAGUAUUCUGGAUAUAUUGGACAAAGCCUGAACGUGUGUGUGUGUGUGUGUGUGUGUGUGUGUGUGUGUGUGUGUGUGUGUGUGUGUGUGUGUGUGUGUGUGUGUGUGUGUGUGUGUGUGUGUGUGUGUGUGUGUGUGUGUGUGUGUGUGUGUGUGUGUGUGUGUGUGUGUGUGUGUGUGUGUGUGUUCACAAUCCACUAUCAAAUAAAACACCCUCAUUGUUGCUUUAGGAUCCAUGUAAAACAAAUCACCUGCAUAAGCAAAGCAAUAUGCUCGUCAUGUAUUUAAGUGUGUUUCAGUGUACAGCAUGCAUAAUCUAACCUCAACCCCACAUCUCAGAUCCUCCUCAAAUUCACCCUGGGUCAUUUAUCACCUCUGGGACAUAAUGUACCUUCUGUUAUUUUGGAGUCAUGAAGGUCUUCAAAGUAUGCAGAUAUUUUAAUACAUUGAUGAGGACAUUCGCCAUGUUCUUAUAUUUUAAAGUACAGUAUAUACUAUGUUCUAGUGUGUAAGAGGAAUGUUGGCUUGUUACAUGGAAAGUUUGCACAUAUUUAAAAUGAACUAUGUGGUAAUGAAUUGAGUAGAGAUCUGAUAAUUGCUAUCCGUUUGUACAGCUCACCAACAAUUAUCAGUCCCUCCAGGAUUUUGUGGUUUUGCGAUCGCAGUCAUUAAACACAAAAUCAAGCAAAGUCUGCGAUAUUUUGGAGGACCUUGCGAUUUGGCAGAAUUACCACAGAUUUUCUUCAGAUUUGGGUUAAGAUGCGUCAUACGUGAGCAAUCAGCAGAAGACGACUGAGAUUCACAUUCAUGACAUCAGUCACGAGUAACGCUAUCCUGGAAAGUAAUUAGAUAUGCAUCACCACUGGUAGCAGUUUAAAAGAAGAAUCCUGAGUUUACAAUUCAAGCUUUUUCCAAGCAAUAACCAGCUUUCAAUUCAAGUAGGUUUGAAUUAAAAAAAAAAAAAAGCACCAAAUUCUCUGCAUGUUGCAGGGCUCAUUUAGCAAAAGGUUGCAGGAAAAAUCAAGUAUUUUUGGUUACACGAUAAAAAAUCUUGAGAAAUCCUGAAGGGACAGAAUUACAGUUUUAAAAUGGAGUCCGAAAUCUGCUGUCACUGGUAGACAUUUUGAUUCGAUCCGUUAUCUCUCCCUCUGUUUUCUGAUUUAUGGUGCUUGGGGAAAAAAAACAAAAACGUUUCUCCAAGCAAAUAUAAUUUAUUCAGCAAAUAUUGUCCAUUGCUUUUGUUGUUAUUUCAGCCCUUCUUCAUUUAUCAGUGUUUCUCCAUGUGAACACACUUACACUGUUAAAAAUUCUUACGAACAAUUCAAAAUGGAUAUUGGGUUAAUAUUGUUGUGGUGUAAGGGAGGUCCACAGCUCUUUUAUUUUUUUUUAUAUAUUUUUAAUUAAUUUUAUUUUUUGGGCUACAUACUGUUUACUUUGCCUUUUCUGAAACUAUGGCACACUGCAGCAUUAAUCUCUGCACCUGAAUUAUAUAAAAAUAUGUUUCUAACACUUUUGAAAGCCCAUUGAAGAGAAUUGUAGUUUUCUUUUUUUUUUUUCUUUCUCUUUUUUUUUUUUAAAGAAUGCAAUUAGUUUGUUAAGAUUUAACACCUAAACCCCGGGGAUCUGUUGACAAAUCCAGAAUUCCAGACUUGCACACUAAUAACUUGGAUUAGGAUUAGAAACAGCCCAGUCUGGCAACCUGGAUGUCUAUAUAACCCAUGCACUUUACAUAUUUUUCAACUUUACUGCUUUGAUAUGUAAAUGCCAAAAGGUUUUGUUUCUUCAUUGUAUUAUUUUAUUUAUAACCGUAGGAACGGCAUCCCUCAAGUUCUUCUUCAUAAUGAAACUUGAGUAAAUAUGUAUAUGAUUUGAGACACAGUUCUGGAUAAUGGAUUGUCUCAGAGCACAAGGUCCUAUUGUUUAAAUGCAGUUGACGUGGUACACUUUUGUUAAUAUAACACUGUAAAUCCUGUAAAACUGGCACAGUUGAAUUGAGAUCAACCCCUGCUAGUUUAUUUUUGUAGUACAGAAAUAAAUUAUCUGUGAUAAAA